CUGCCUCCACCCAAGUGGGUGGGGACCGCGCCCAGCCCCGCCGGCCGCGGCGGCUCCCGCUCCCCUCCCUGACCCUCCCACCCCGGCUCGCAGCCUCUACUUACCCCGCCAGCCCCGGGGAGGCUCGCAGAGCGAGCGGCGCCGGCGUCAUGUGACUGGCCGGACUUGGUGCCAAGGAGCCAGAGGGGAGCUGAGAGCAGAGCCGCGCGGACCCGAGAGCCCGCAGAGCCGAAGGCCGCCCGCCCUGCCUCCCGCGCCGCCCGAGCUCUUCGCCGUACCCUGCGCCGCUGGGCCUGGCGCGCUGACCUUCCCGCUCACGGGGCACCGGGCGCCGGGGAUCCGGGCCUUGCUUUCCCGGCGGGUUUCCGCACCGCGCUUCGCAAAACCAAACUCCAGAACACCCUAGAAGGUUUAACUAAAAGAAUGCUCAUGUUUGAUCCAGUCCCCGUCAAGCAAGAGGUGAUGGACCCUGUCUCGGUGUCCUACCCAUCGAAUUAUAUGGAAUCGAUGAAGCCCAACAAAUAUGGGGUCAUUUACUCUACACAGUUACCAGAUAAGUUCUUUCAGACCCCAGAAGGCCUUUCGCCUGGAAUACAGAUGGAACCAGUGGACCUCACUGUGAACAAGCGGGGCUCCCCACCCUCGGCUGGCAAUUCUCCUUCCUCCCUGAAGUUCCCAUCACACCGGAGAGCGUCACCUGGGUUGAGCAUGCCUUCUUCCAGCCCACCCAUUAAGAAAUACUCGCCCCCUUCCCCGGGUGUGCAACCCUUCGGUGUGCCACUGUCCAUGCCCCCUGUGAUGGCUGCUGCCCUCUCCCGGCACGGAAUCCGGAGCCCGGGCAUCCUGCCUGUCAUCCAACCUGUCGUGGUGCAGCCCGUUCCCUUUAUGUACACCAGCCACCUCCAGCAGCCACUCAUGGUCUCCUUGUCGGAGGAGAUGGAAAAUUCAAACAGUAGCAUGCAAGUACCUGUAAUUGAAUCAUAUGAGAAGCCCAUAUUACAGAAAAAAAUUAAAAUAGAACCUGGGAUUGAACCACAGAGGACAGACUAUUAUCCUGAAGAAAUGUCACCCCCUUUAAUGAACUCAGUGUCCCCCCCGCAAGCAUUGUUGCAAGAGAAUCAUCCCUCAGUCAUAGUGCAACCUGGGAAGAGGCCUCUACCUGUGGAAUCCCCCGAUACCCAAAGGAAGCGGAGGAUACACAGAUGCGACUAUGACGGCUGUAACAAAGUGUACACUAAGAGCUCCCACUUGAAAGCACACAGAAGAACACAUACAGGAGAAAAACCCUACAAAUGUACCUGGGAAGGCUGCACAUGGAAGUUUGCUCGGUCUGAUGAACUAACAAGACAUUUCCGAAAACAUACUGGAAUCAAACCUUUCCAGUGCCCGGACUGUGACCGCAGCUUCUCCCGCUCAGACCAUCUGGCCCUUCACAGGAAACGCCACAUGCUAGUCUGAACGCUUGUCUCCUGCCUGGUCACGACUCCCACCUUCCUGGCUCUCCCUCUCUCUGUCUCUCUCUUUCCUCCUGCCCAUUGUCUAACUCAUUUUUUUACUUGUACAUUUUAAUUUUGAUUCAGCUGGUCUGAAUCUCUGAAUUUAUAUCAUUCAAAACUUCCAUAUGGUCAGUAGUAGAUACUCUAUAAUCUUCCCUCUCCUUACCACGGGUCAGACCUAAAGAAUGUGAACGCUUUUCCGGGGAUGCUAAGCAAACCCUUUUUACAGAUAACGUUUAAUGUCAUGAGAACAAGAGAACAUGUACAUUAACAUAAGCAAUUUGUUGGUUCUCCAUGUAUUCCUAAAAAGAAUGUCAAAGUAAAUGUAUUAGAAAUACAGUAUCCAGCCUACUAGUCUUUGCCAGAGACCUUCGUACCUCAGCCACACCAUCCUGUUUUACGUUCGACACCAAAAAGAACGUGGUCCCUUUCACAACUUAACAAGAGCCACAGGAAGAUGUCAAUCCGCUCUGCCAGUGCCGUUCCCACCGCUUGCUUGUCAGACUGGAUUACCACUUCAAGUCAAGUCCUUUGUGCCUGAAGCUCGUGUGACGGGCUUUGGGGCCACUGGGAGAGGAGCCAAAGCUACUGGAUUCAGUGGGCUCCCAUAGUGAGGGGCAGACGCAGAGGGCAUUGUCCUCAACAUGGGUUAGUUGUACAGUGCAUUUGUUGAGAGUUUCCAUCUGAGCAGAACUGUGCUGCCAAGACAGAUACCUCUGGGGUUAUCUGUGCUGCCUUCUCCGUUCCCGAAAGAUCCUUUGUAUGGAUCACAAAGCUUUGAGUAAGGAAUCGACAAUAUUUGCCUAGUAAUGUUGAAAAAAUCUUUUGGGUCAGAGUAUGAAUGGUCUUUUAUCCAACCUGCUUUGAGCAUUUUUGCAAACAGGAAAAUGUUGAGUGGUACUUGUAUUCAUUCCCAUAUUGAAUUAGUCACAUAGCUUUUCUAUGGAAUUUUUCUGUGUGGGCUGUGUAGUGCCAAACUGGCUGUCAUUUGUGCUAUGGCACACAGUGGAUGUGAGCAUCUGCUGAGCUUUAGGGGAUUCAUUCAAGACCUGAGUGACACUGUUUGUAAAUAUAACUUGUGUGAAGCACACAGAUCUUUAUUUUGGUAACAGAUUUUUGAAAAAGAGAAAACCACAGUUCAGGGAUUUAUAUAUGUAGCUUGAAGAUUCCUAAAAGUCUCUACUAGAGCUAGCAGUUCCUGUUACUGUUAAGUGUCCUGUUAGAACAAACUGAAAAGAAUGACUCGUGUUUAUGUUGAUGAUAAAUAGCACCAUUAUUGGGGGAAGUUUUUUUCAAAAGCAGGCUUUUGAAUACCAUAGUCUAAAUGCCAAUGAAAAAUUAUUCACACAUAGAAAUGCCAUUUGGCCAUAAAUUUGAAGAAAAUGGGCACGGUGGUCAAAUAUGGCUGCAUAUGACCAGGGGCCCCUUCAUUCCCCACAAAGGAUGGAGGAGGAGGAAGAGAGAAGAAUCCUGAAGAUUCAUCCCCACCACAAUGUGGGAGGAAUACAUUACUUAAUUGCUCUUAAACAUCAUUGAAGGGGUGGUGCUGGAGGCUUGCAGAUGUGUGGGGAGCUUACUUUGAUGGCACUAUGUUAAAAGUUGCAGGGACUGCGCAGUGAGGGCUGCUCAGCCCUGUGAACGAGCUGAAAGGAAAUGGAGGUAAAAAUGCAAAGAAAUGUUCUCUUGGCACUUGGGUUCCUUUUCUUUCCCUUUUUAGCACUGCAGAAUCUGUUCAGACUAGUAAAACACGCUGAUGAGGCUAUUGCUUUUUUGUUUGUUUGUUUGCAACUAAGACAUGAAUUGAGGAGUAGAAAUGGUUUGGAAAAGUAGGGAUCAGUGGUAAGUCACAUCAUGCCAGCAGGUUCAUGUCUUGAAAGGGUUCUGCAACACACAGAAUCUAGUUUGUUGUACAAGGAAGUUUGUUUCAGUUGUAUGUUCUAACCUACUUAGAAGGGGAAAGGGUUCAAGAAAGGACAGAAUUAACCUUGAAUCAGCUAUGCAUCUGAGUAGUAGCUUUGUGGGUUCAUGUGAAAUUUGAUGCCUGCUAUGCCAUUUAAAUUUUGUUCACAAUACUAUGCUACAUUACCGUGUUGCUUGCCUAUGUCAUGUUAACAGUUCAAUAGAGUGAUCCAUGUUAACUCUGAAAGAAAAGUAACCCAGUGAAGCCAUUCUCUAUUCUUGGUCUGAUAAUACAUUAGUUAAUUGGCCCUUACCAAAUUUUCUUUAUAUAUAUAUUUUUUACUAUGGUAGUUGAGAAAUUUAGUCUUUUAGUCAUUUUUAGCUGUUAUCGUGGCAGACCUCAGACACAAGAUAAGAAGCCCUUGAAAGGUGAUUUUAAUGAUAUACCAUGUUACUGUCAUGGUUAGUUUAAUUGCAGUGUUUUGAAUUAAUGAGAAUGAUCUGUAAACCUAAAGUCCAGUGCCAUGUAAUUGUGACAGAGUUUAUUCAAUUACUGCUCAAGUGUCAUCUUGGAGAAGUUACGAAAAUUAAAUCAGAAUCCUUAUUGUCACAUUUUAUAAUGUGAGUCAACAUCCUUAAAAGGGCAUUUAACUGUCCAAAUCACUUGGUUUGGAGAAUGUUUCCAGCAAAGCUUUGUUCAGCUAAGGUGAUGCUAAACACGCAGAAGUUUCAAGAGCCUUGAAACAGAAUUACAGGGAAUAUGUAUAUGUAUAUGUAUGUUUUAUUAAGCACCCAUCUGCACUAUCCGUAUUGCACAAAUGUGGAAUUUGAAAGACUAUUUUGCUGAUACUGUAUAUCUGCACAUCAUUCCUGAUUAGAUUGUUUUAAAGACAAUCUUAGAGAUCGAAGGUUUUUAAGUAAUUUGGUUUGAAAAUACACAGUUGUCUUGAAGGAAUUGCUGACAUACAUGAAGUCACUUGAGUUUUCUUUAUUCUCUUCUUGGUCAAGGUUAACAGUUUCUAAAGAGUGAAAAUUCACCUAAGUAAUACAUUUACAAAGCCAUCUUACAUGCAUUAAACGAGGGCUACAACUUGUUUUACAAAUACUAGCACUUUUUUUUCCUGUGAUGUACUUAGUAUUAGAGGGUCAAAAUAAUCUUUCUGCUUAGCAUCUCUUAAACCAUCCCUGCAAGUAUAGCAGGAUUAUUACAUUUACAGUACUUUAAUACUUGUAUAAACUAUGCAGAAAUUUUUAAUAAAGUGUAAUAUAUUUUAUAAGCUAAUAAGACUGAAUGGGUAAAGGUUUUUAGCAUGCAUUAGUAUACUUGCAAAUACUGAAACAUUUUGGUAAUCUUUCUUACUAAAGAUGUGAAUGUUUAAUGUACCUUCUGUUUCUACUCUGUAGUCCAAUGGGAAUUCAGUAAUGACAUUUUGUCAUGUCCAACUGUGAACAUAAAUUUGUACUGUACAGUCCUCAUAUACUAUAUACAGUAUGCAAUAUAUGUAUUAUAUACUUGUUAAUAAAACCAUCAGAAUAUUA